AUGCAUCCUGCGAAGCCGUAUACUCAGCAAGAAAAGGACGAACUCGAUCGCAGAAAAGGAGAGAGAAACGCUCAGCCGACUUUACCGGUUGUGAGGCCUCGUGCACUUAGCUUACCGCUGCCGCUGGAGGAUACUAGCGCUGAAGAAAAACCAAGAAAGGACUUGGAAAGGAAAAAGAAUACCGUGCGAGUGACACAGAUCACACAUGACCAGGCGGAGUCCUCGAUACUGUACACCCUGCCACUAGAGAUUCGGACGAUGAUCUGGGAAUACGCAAUCACGGGACACCAUAUCCAUAUUGCACGAAGACGUGGACGACUGGGCCACGCUGUUUGUCCGCACCCUGACGAUAUUUUCGAGCGAGGGGCCAAGGAGCACUUGUGCUUGGAGCGACGGGAUGGGAAUGACUUUUGGUUACCUACGAACUACCCGCCUCGCGUGAGCCCGUUGUCGUUACUCAAGACUUGUCGGCAGAUAUACUCGGAAACCAUCGAUUUGCUUUACACAGGCAACACCUUCGCCUUCGCAGACCCGCCUGCGUUCGACUGGUUCCACACCUCCGUGCUUCCCUCGCGAACACGACUACUUCGCUCUAUCGAAAUUCCGUGGGAGUAUCAGGCGAACGUCAGCGGCAGCGAUUGGAACGUACCCCCGAUCCCCAUGUGGCGCACAGAGAAGCAACACAAAAUGUUCGGGCACUUGUGCUAUCACAGUCAGCACCAACUUCGCCACCUGCGAUUUCUCAUAUCCACAAGCUGGUCUUGGAAUAGGCUUCCUUCUCAAUUCAACUCCCAGCCCAGCAUCGAACAGGCAGUUUUCCACGCCAAAAUUCAAAACGGCAAUCCGAUCCAGGUCGUCAUGCCGUGGCAUAGUUUUAGACUACCGACAGCGGAAGAGACCGCUAGCCUAGCAGCAAGGGGAGUCUCGUUGGAGAUUCACCGUGCUCUGAAAGAUAGAAACGAUUUCGCGGCAUUUGCGGUACCGUUUAAUGCUAGGUGUCUGCAUUGUGGGGAUGGGGCGCUUAUACCAGCAGGGGCUCGUACGACAGCAGAGAGGUGUUUCUUCGAUAUCGAAGGGGCGGGAGAGGGACAAGAGGAAUUCUUUGAGCGCUCGGAGUUUUAUCGAGUCCGACAUGGGCCGUGUGGAGGGCUGAUUGAAUUUGAGACGGAGCUGUUGAGCACGACGUGGCGGGUUACUCAUGGUGCCGAGAGGCUCGAGUAG